AUGGAUGAGAAGAAUGAGGUAGAGAAGAUCGAUGAGAUCAUGCUGCCAGGGUUUAGAUUUCAUCCAACAGAUGAAGAGCUUGUAGGGUUUUACCUCAAAAGGAAGGUGCAACAGAAGCCGCUCUCCGUAGAGCUCAUCAAGCAGCUGGACAUAUAUAAGUACGAUCCAUGGGAUCUUCCAAAAGAGCUGGCGACCGUCGGCGAGAAAGAGUGGUACUUCUACUGCCCGAGGGACAGGAAAUAUAGGAAUAGCGCGCGGCCCAACAGAGUUACAGGAGCAGGUUUCUGGAAGGCCACAGGAACAGACAGGCCCAUCUAUUCCUCGGAAGGAACCAAGUGCAUUGGGCUCAAGAAAUCACUGGUUUUCUACAGAGGGAGAGCUGCAAAAGGAAUCAAAACGGAUUGGAUGAUGCACGAGUUCAGGCUGCCUUCUCUCACCGACUCGACCUGCACCCCCAAGAAGCCACUCGACAAAAGCAUCCCACCAAAUGAUUCAUGGGCAAUCUGCAGGAUCUUCAAAAAAAACAAUCCCAUGUCUCAAAGAGCAUUCUCUCAUUCAUGGCCAUCUCCAGUGCUGAAAACCAGCAUUGAUUCUGAUGCUUUCCUGCAUACUAUAGGCUCAGGCCAGUUUACUUCAGAGAACAUCUCUUGCACCACGGAAACUGGGUCAGCAAUCCAUGCCUGCAGCAACAACGAGUUGCAAACGUCUGCUACUGAGGACUUCUCAUCUCUAACUUUGCCAGCCUACAGCAAACCAAAUAUUCCACAAGCUUGCAGAUCUGCUACACUGUCAGUUACAACUACAGAUGCACCUCUAAGCUACACAUACUCACCACUGGAUAUGCUUAUAAACCUUUCCUCCGGCAUGGUCGGAGACAUCAACAAGGGGGCUGUGAGCAUUGAUUUUGGACAGCAGCAGCAGCAUAAUGCCAGUUUUGUAGAGAAUUUGCAGCAGCAGAAUGGAGAAGAGGUGACAUACUUGCGGAAUGCUCAGAACGAUUGUGUUGGAAAUGCCCAAGUGACAACAGUUAGAGCAGCAGCUGCGUUCCCAUUCAACGUCCAGUCUAAUGCGUUUGAUGCAUUGAAGGCUAGCUUAUCGUGGGAUUCUUCUACCACAGUAUCAACUGAGAUGCCGACAACUUACUCCACGAACAAGAUGUGCAGUUGGUAGGAAGCAGUAUCUUGUAAUACGUAUAAUUUCCUUCUGCAGCAAAAAAGUGAAGAAGAGACAUAGUAACACCACUAUCUAUCGACUAACUGAUGUAUAUCAUCUAUACUUACAGAGUAGAAUGAACACCACUACAGCCAAGUGUUCCACCUUGAACUAGCUUUUAAAGAUCUUAGGCGUUAAUGCUUGU